AUGAGCACAGGAAAAUCACACGAGCGUCGCAAACUUCCACUGAAAACGAUCAACGUCAGCGAAAUAUUGAACGAAGAUCGAACUGGAGAAGCUCAUCAAACUUUGAAUUCUCAACAAAAUGAUUUGAUUCGUUUAUUAGCUCCGUCAAAUCGUCAAACUUCUUCGGUCGGGAAAGAUCAUAGCUGCCAGCAAUCUGAUGACGAAAGUUAUAGUUCACGCUCAGAUAUUGACCAGAAUAACGAAUCAGAAGAUGAUAUUCUUCUUAAUAGUUUCCCUCGUUCGACCGAUGCAUUAGGUGUAAACCACCAAGUUAAAUUGAAUAAAAGGAAGCGUAAUGAAACUGUGCCAAGCACUAAUAAGUUGAAACAACAACGUGCCAAUGCCAUACAUAAUGGCGACAAUCCGCAGAGAUUGGUUAGUACAAACUUGAGUGUUUCUCAUGAAACGAAUACCAAAGAAAUUCUCAGUCAAAUUGAAAAUCAGAUUGUUAUCUAUAAAAAUAUGGUCGACAAAACUUUAAAACGAAUGGAGCGAAAACUUGAUCACCAUCUUGGCAUUAGUAAUAUACAGGGCUCUAAGAUAUUGGAUCAGUAUCGAACUGAUAAAAACGAAGUUUUCCCGUCCGAAUACAAAUAUCAGGAUAAGAACUUAUUGAUCACCUCAGCCAAAGAUAUGCUUGAUUUUGCCCGAAAAACGUUGAGAAUAAUAUUCUCUGCCGAUGAACUCAAGUCCCACAUAUUACCACCGGAGCGCGAGCAUCUUCGUCGACCAGCUCUUGAUGAAGCACGUUUCAAUGUCUUUCUCGGCAAGUUUUCUUGA